AUGGCACUUUCCCUCCGGGAUGUAGUGGAACGUCCUUUUGAAGCCGAGGCGAUGGAAAUUCUUAUGGACGAGUACAACAAGUGGUGCAUUGGGCGCCUGGACGACGGGGAAGAUGACAGCGGAGAUGAUGAGGAGGAGCGGAACAACAACAACGGUGUCGGUAAUGGCGUUGGUGAUGAAAUGUACUACGGGCUGCCAAAAGUAGCGGGUGCCUUCAACGUACGGGCGUUGAGUCGGGUGGAGUUUCCACGCACGUGGAUCGUGCCGUUGGGAACGAUCCCAGCCUCUUGCUACGCCAACGCGGCGGUGAAUGGGGGCUCGGACAUGUCUCUCAUGGUAGAUUACAGUCAAACACGCGGGGUUGUGCGGGUGCGUUGCGAGCUGCUAAAGCCGACAGGCGAUGGCGGUUUGUCUCAGAAAGUGUUGGCUGUUUGGCCAAAUGAGCGGCGUAGACGAAGUUCUUAUCCCUCGCAUCAUCCCUAUCAACAGAAGGAGCAGUCGGAACUUUAUUGGCCUGCCUUUGUUACACGUGUCAUUGGCGUCUUUGAGGACCCGCUGCUGGACGGGUCGCCCGCCAGUCUCGCUGAACUUCAGAUCUACGAGGACUUUGACGACGUCCUCAUCCGGGCGCUACGAUCGCCCAUGCGGGUGUGCGUCGAUGUGACGUUUUGCAUUGAUGAAAUAAGUGAAGCGCGGCGGCUCACCAUCGCCCCGGCCGUACGUUACCCUCCCGUCGGUGCCAGCACGGCGUACGACCCUGAGAUUGCACGGGUAUCUGAGCAGGUGUGUGCCAUGAUGAAAGAAGAACAGAGACAAGAUGCGAUGGUAGACAAUGAGGCACAAUGUCCACUGCUUGUUCCUGAGGUCAUGCCGCAGGUUGUGUCGAUUCGUAACUACUCGCACGCGGCAGUGGCGGGAAAGGGACGACGGGUGCAUAGCCCCAUGCAGAAUGCCGCUGACACCGCCAAUGACCGGUCAUCUGGGGUAGUCUCAGCAAUAACAACAAGAUCCUCCUCCUUAGCAAAUAUCUCACGCAAACAAUCGGUUGCCACGGCGAUGUCGGCAGUAGAUGAACAUGCGGCAUCGCAUAGUGAAAAAGGUAUUGUGAAUGUGUGUGAGUUACGACAAGGAUGCGGUCCCUCGCCGCAACACACCGGCAGGGCAACUGCUGUAUCAAAGCGUCGCGCCAGUUGUAGCAUAACGAAUGGCACAGGUUUUGCUAGCGCUUCUGGAGUAUCCAAGGCCAAGCUUAACCGCAACACACUUUCACACGCUCCCAUUGCAGUGGUGGAUAUGCUGGCGGGUCCUAUUUGUCAGACAGGGCAGUUUGUGUUUCUGCGGCCGUCAGCGCAGCUUGUGAUGAUGGCUCAGCGAGCGGCCGUGGAGGAAAUCUACGUCAUUUGGCAAAGACUGCGACAGGCACUUUUUGAGCCUCUUUAUGCGGAAGAAAUUGUCUUGCCGUCCCUUCGUGACGAAUCGGUGAAGGAGGCUACAGAGCCAACCUUGUGUCUACCAGAUCCCGAAACUUACGUGAGCCCAUAUGUGCAAGAAGACCACGAGAAGACGGAAGGCGGGAUGCCACUGCCUCUUCCUAAGCUAUCACAUGAGCCGACAUACGCGGAGUUGACGCUGCGACUCCCCAUCUUACAAGGUCAUUUGAAUUGUUGGACCCGGGAGAUGCAAUGUCAACGGGAGCAGCGGCAGUCAAAUAUACUGCCCUGCUUUGAGCGUGGCAUGAUUGAGUUCACCAAACGAGAAGAGAAUGGGCGAAAGUCGGCGAGGUGUGAGGUUUCUCCUUCCUUGUUUCGGACUCAUGACCCAGAUGGUGAUAUGGGAACGGCGAGUACACGGAACACAUCGUACUGCUCAGUACCGGGGGAGGGCGGGACCGACGCAGGCUCCGUUGGGGGUCCUUCACGGACGCCAAACGGCAUUUGCGACGUGAGCGUCAGUCUCAUGUCAACGACACCGGGACGCAGUGGUUUGUGGUGCGGCAACAGUCACCUGACGCCGAUGGGGAUGGAGGAGUGGGGGAUAAUGUCACCCACGAAAGAACCGCUUCGAUUUCCGCAAUCCGGUAUCCGACGAAACUCGCAGCAACAAAAAACUCCACCUUCCCUCUUAUUUACGGUUCCGUCGCCUGUUGCACGACAAACCCCAAAAGCGUUGUUAAGGGAGCGAGUGGGCGAGAAGAAAAGCUACGAACUUGUGGCUGGAGCAGUAGACAGUAAAAGCCAUGAAGGAAUAGUAGGAGAGGGCUCUACGAAAAGUCAAUGCAGUCCGACAUGGAACGUCGGUAGCGAGAGGAGUUCAUCGAAGCGGGAAUAUAAUGACAAGGAGCGGUUGGCCUUCAGGCAUAAUGGUGGAGAAUGGCUACGGGAGCUGAAACAGGAAGAGCAGUGGCACAUGUCAUCCCAUAGCAGAACUGGUUCUGUAAAGACGGUAGAAACGGCCAGCAAUGAUGCUGGUAGGAUGUCAAACACGCAUCUGCAUAAUUCCCCUAACAACAGGGAUGCAUUUCAUCAUCACGUCGAGGGACGGGUGUCGGUGCCAUCAGAGCCACGGGAAGAUGCAUCGGGGUUAUCACAAUCACGGCAGUUGGAUUGGAAUGCUGAGGACGCUACACAUGGAGCUGUCUCACGUGCGUUUGAUCCCAAGCCUGCAGCCGAGCAACGGUCAGCACCGAAGUCCUCUAGACAGAGAAAUCACACACCCAAUUUGCCGUUUCAUGCAUUAGAUUUUUUUCAGUUACUUCAUGGCAAAAAAGGCAAGGGAGAUGUUGAGAAUGGCCUUGAGGAACCGAAGGGGAUUUAUAUGAGGGAGAAAACAGGAGCCACAGCGAGGAAGCCGAAGAUGCCCACUUCGAUGAUGUCAUUGGAUUUUUCCGCGAAUUCCUUGUUGCAUUCUCGUGGAUCCGUGCGUCCUGGUCUUGAAUCCAUCGCGGUGCGCCAAGAGUGCCGUCGCCUGGAUGCAUCGGAGCUCCCUCGCGAGGGCCUCGGUGAAACGAGAGGCCACAGUCAGAACCGAAGCCAUUCGACGUCACACAUCCGCAGUGAAGCGCUGAGUAGAACUCGAUCCCCCAUCAAGAAUACCUCCAUGUCUCAACGCUACACACUUGUGUCGUGGCGCGAUGCGUCCGGGGUCGAGAUCAACUUGGACGACGCAUUUCUCCUUCCAUCCGCCGUGGCGGCCGAAGCCCAUGCAAAGUUAGGCCCACGGCCCACGUUUCACGUCGAUCUACGACCGGAGCGGGGAAAGACGAAACAAGAAAAUAUUUUGCGAAGAAUAUAA